AUGGCCAGAGAGCAUAAGAACUCCCUAGUGAAAACUCCAUUCACCGAUGAUAUAUACCUUGUUGACAGACCUAAGAAAUUCACUAUGCCUUCCUUCACCCAGUUCAAUGGCACGAGAGAUCCUUCUCGUCACCUCGAUCACUAUGCACAAAAGAUGGCUCUGGACGAUCACGACAAUCCGUUCAUGUGUAAAAUUUUUCCAACUAACCUAACAGGAGCUACAUUAGAGUGGUUCGGGAACAGGCCACACAAAUCUAUCCCGGACUAUGAAACUCUUUGCACUAUAUUCCUAGCACAGUACUGCAGAAACAAGAAGCAAAAAAAGAGUAUUACUAGCCUCUUCACCAUAAGGCAAAAGAAAAGAAAAACGUUACAGGAUUUCUUAUCCAGAUUUAGUAUGGAGGCCUCAAAAAUAGCACAUUGCCAUCCUGCGACUGCAAUAGAAAUGUUCAAGCUUGCAAUAAUUCAGGGAACCAAGUUCCAUACAUCCCUAGUCAAAUAUUCCCCUCCGGAUAUGCAGACUCUUAAUGCUAGGGCACAGAUCUACAUCCGACUUGAGGAGAAUGUAGCCCAACGAGUGCAGCAUGCCACCCUCGUCAUAAUGGAAAAUAAGCCUCGGGAAAAGGUGUCAAAUCCAAAAAGUCAGAAAAGCCAGCACGCUUCAGCACCGGUCACUCAGGUAACUGAGAAGGGGCAAAGGACAAAGGAAAAAUUCACAACUCUUCGCUCCACCUUGGCUCGGCUAUUCCAAGAAAACAAGAUGAAAUUUACAGCCCCUCAGCCAAUGAAGCAACCCUUAGAGCAAAAGGACAAGAACAAACACUGCGCAUACCAUAGAAAUUAUGGGCAUACAACUAAUGAUUGCAGAUCCCAUAGGCGGCAAGUGGAGAAUAUGAUAAUCAGGGGUGAACUGGCAGAUUACCUUACAACAAAGGAGUACAUGAAGCCUAGGGGGGCCAAUCCUCGGAGAGUAGAAGGUAAUCAGGUAAAGCUCAUCCAUGCAAUACAUGGGAGAUCAGAGGACGACCAAGAGUCAGAAGAAGUAUAUAGAUCCAGGCUGAGGACUGCCCAUAAGCUAAGAAAGUUGUCCUCGGUGAACACUGUCACCUCGAGCAGUAUUAGUAUUGGGUUCGGCGAUACAGAUUUAUCUAGAGUUCAACUCCCCCACGAGGAUCCACUAGUCAUCAGCCUUCUGGUGGCAAACUGCAUGAUCAAAAGAGUUCUAAUAGACCCGGGUAGCAGUGCUAAUAUUAUCACAAAGGUGAUCUUUGAGCAGUUGGAGAUCCCGUCAUCAUUAAUCCGGUCCACCUCCAGUCCCUUGAUGGGGUUUGAUGGCAUGAGGGUAGACCCCCUUGGGGUGAUUGAUUUAUCCGUCACUGCAGCAAAAAGGAUGUUGAAGGAGAACUUUAUUCUAACAGAGAUGCAUCCUUCUUAUAAGCUCAUUAUGGGAAGAGGUUGGAUCCACCAAAUGAAUGGGGUACCGUCUACCUUCAUCAAGCGAUGUGAUGCUUGUCUCCGGAUGAGCCCUCUGCCCAAGUAUUUGAAAGCGAGUGAUGAAGCUGAAGCUACAAAGCUUACCGAGAAAUCUCUCGAGGCUAUUGAAGUAAUCCUCGGCGAUCCCCAGAAAGUCACCUAUAUAGGCUCUUCUCCCACCACCGAAGAAAAUGAAGCGUUAAUUGAUGUCAUUCGACGGAAUGCAAAUGCAUUUGCUUGGGAACAUUCAGACAUGGUAGGAAUCGAUCUUUCAGUCUCGUGCCAUAGCCUGAAAGUGGAUCCGGUAUUCGAGCCAGUCAAACAAAGACACAGAAGGUUUGCUCCUGAGCGCAAUCAAAUUAUUGCUGAAGAAGUAAACAAAUUGCUUCAGGUAGGCUUCAUCCGAGAAGUGUAUUAUCCAUAA